AUGCGUCUGCUCGUCGUCCUGUCCAGCUUACUGCUCGCGUGCACACCCGCCGCGGCGCAGUACUUUGACGAGGGAUGGAAGCCCGGCAUGCCCGUGCGCGACCAGCCGCCGGCGCAACAGCAGUACCAGGGCCAGCAGCCGUUCGCCUCCCCUCCAAAGGCGGCACCGACCCAGGCGAAGAGCAAGACGCCGCUCGAGCUCUACAACCAGGUCGCAGACAAGCUCACCGUCGAGAAUGUCCUCGGCUCGGGUCCCGCCGUCGCACUUUUCGACAAGUUUGGGAUUAACAUCACCGACAAGCUCGCGAAUGCGACCAAGAACUUGGACGUCUGGGACAAGCGGAUACCGCUCAUUACGGACGAGAAUUAUGAAGAUAUCAUUGUGAACGAGGAGAUGACCGAGGAGGAAGCUCGCGACCGCGUUUGGCUCCUCAUCAUCACCGUAACGGCCGCUCAACCAAAUGGCAUCUCCCAAUUCGCAGACCAGCACUUUGACGACGCCUUUAACCAAACACUCAUCGCGGGUGACCUCCCAAACGUCAGGUGGGGCCGUAUCGACUACAUCAAUGUCACCUACAUCACGACAAAGUGGGGUAUCUGGAACGCUCCGAACGUUGUUGUGCUUAAGGACCGCGGUCAGACGCUCCGCUUCUACCGCCCCAACCAAAUUCGCCUGCGUGCUGAAGCUCUACGCGAAUUCCUGAAGAAUGAGCUCUGGCAACAUACCCCGCCUUGGAAUUCGGCUUUUGCUCCUGGUGGCAAGCGCGAGUUCGUGAUGCAUUGGAUUGCGGUCGGGUUCAAUGAGAUGUACAGGAUUACGCGCACGCUCCCGCGCUGGCUAUUAUACAUCAUCACUGGAGCCAUAGGCAGCAUCGUCAUUCAGUUCUUGCACCGGGGUGAAACGAAGAAGCUGGAGGAGAAGGCGGCGAGAAAGGCCGAGGCCGAGCUACGGGCUAAGGAGCUGGCUGAGAAAAAGGCCGAAGAGGAUAAGAAGGCUGAAGAGCAGAAAGCUGGGGCAUCGAGCGCAACUGCAUCGCCGAAGAAAGGAAAGAAGAAAGGGGGAAAGAAAUAG